GAAAUUGUCCGUUUCGGUCCAAAGCAGUCUGAUAUGAAAGCACCAGCCGUGCUCCAACGAGUCAAAUCGGCUUGUAUUAGCAUUGAUGAACACGCGGCUUUCUCGAUUGGGGAGGGUCUUCUCGUCCUGCUCAGAAUACAAAAGGAUAGUACUAAAAAUGAUGCGGAUUCGAUGGUUACGCGUAUUCUAAAUGCUAGGCUAUGGCCCGGACUAAACAGCAACAAUGUGAGCAACAGGUCGCUUAUCAGCUGCCAAGGAGACAAACAUUCAGGACAUAAAGGGGGAAGUGCUAUGUGGUAUGUCACUGCUAUUAGGCCUCACUUAUUAUGCUUCUCACGCCAGGUAGUGCCACAAUUUUUGCUCCGAGGCCGAGAAGGGGAAACCACGCCGGAAAAAGUUGAUGAAGCUGCGCACCAACUAUAUGAUUACUUCAUCGAACAGCUACGCGAAGCGUGCCGGCCAGAACAGGUGAAAAAUGGAGACCUGGAAUCGAAGAUGAAUAUUAAGCCGCUUGAGAAUCAACCUAUUUAUUUUAACUACCAGAGUGAAGACGAAAUGGUAUAUGCUUACCCUUACUUCGGUGCUAUGUGCUGA